AGUAUAGUUUGACCGGUCAAGUAAUUUACACCAUCAUUUUUGGCGCCAUCCGUGGGACCGUUAAGGUUUCUUCUCCUGAACACAAACCUACCCACCAAAACACCACUCGAAAUGUCUUCCAGCCAACAAAUCAAUGCUACUUCCGCUCAGGUGCAGGCCACCAACGAGGGAGCCAGCGUCCCUGUGGCUGCCACCAUACUGGUCAUUUCAGCCCCGGUGCUGCCUCUGGGCCUGAGCUCUGUCCCGACGGCCAGCGUGAUCAGUCCCUUCGUGACCCCCGUCCCUUCCGCUGGACCGAGGGUAACGUUCCCACCAAGCAUGACUCAGUUCAUGAAUGACCCAUCCAACCUACAAGCCAUCCAGGGCUUUGGCCAGGUCAUGGCCAUGUGCCAACAGAACGGGGGGAUGCCUUUCCUCCCUGGUAUGUUCCCAUUCGCCCUUCUAGGCGCGGGGACCAUGCCCCUACAAGCUCCGAUGGCGGUGACGUCGUUCCAGACGCCGAUGCCGCAGCCAUCACCUUUCCAGCCCCAGCUGGUCAGCACCAUGGCCCCUGUCAACUUGGCCGGUGCACUUAACGCUGUAGGGCCGUCGCGUCCCCCGCAAGCUACGGAUCCGCAGAUCACUCCUGAUGGUCAUUGCGUCUCAAUUGAGAGCGAUGAGGGCGAGUGGGACAUCCCGAGGGCCCACAAGAAGAAGAAAGGAAAAAACAUCCGGCCAGCGACCUCCCGAAACUCCGCCUUCGAAAGGCUGGGGGAUAGGGAGGAAGGCCAGAGGAAGUCAGCCAAGCAAAGGCUGGGGCAGAGCGUUGCCCAUGUCAGCGCAUUCGCCCGGCUAGGCGAGGUGCGGGAGGCCGAGCCUGCCCGCACCCGGCGCUCCCGGUCUAACCGGCANCACGGGGAAACUCCAUUCUCCCUAACCUAUGGGUGUGAAGCAAGGCUGCCCAUCGAAGCUGAAUUCCCCACGUUUCGGGAGUCAAAUUAUCAACCCCAGCAGAAUGAGGAAGAUCACUUGGCCGAACUCAACUUGGUCGAAGAGCGGAGAAUGGCCGCGGAAGUCAAAAUGAGCACAUACCAACAAGUUGUGAAGAAGUACCAUGAUAACAAGGUCGGGCCGCGAUACUUUCAAGUUGAGGAUGAGGUCCUACGAAGAAGAGAAGCAAGUAGACCCAGCGACGGGGGAAAGCUAGCAAAAAACUGGGAAGGCCCAUAUAGGGUUAGAGCCAUCAUUCGCCCGGGGACAUACCGGUUAGAAACUCUUGAAGGGGUACCGGUGGAAAGAACCUGGAAUUCCCAUCAUCUUCGCAAGUUCUACAAAUGAUUGUAAUACUAGGCAAGGCCUACUUUAUUAUCAAUCAAACCGAUGAUGUUCAAUACUCUAUUUGGUGGCAGCAGGAUUGAUAGGUCGAACCUAUCCUAAGAGGGCUUCCUGGGUGGAUCGAAUCCACUUGGCUAAGCCAACUGAGACACAGG